AUGGUUAGUAAUAAUAAUAAUAACGAUUCAAAUAUAAUAGUUAAUUUAUCACAUGUAUUGUUAUCAAAGAUUAUUAAUUAUUUAGAAGAUAACAAUGAUAGAAUAGUGUUUACAUUUGUUUGUAAAAGAUGGUUCAAUGAAAGACAAGGAUAUCUAUCUUUUAAUAUAGAUACUUAUUCUCUUAUUGAUGACGAUCAAAACUUUAUGUAUUUGAAUUCUUAUAAAUCGAUCAUUUCAAAUAAAAUCAAAAGAAAAUCAGCAUGUAAAGCUGUUUUUGGUGAUCUUGAAUCAAAACAAUAUUAUGAUUAUUUUUUAACUGAAGAUCAAUUGGAUGAUAUCGAUAGAUUCAAAUCAUUAAACAUUUAUAAAAUAGAUAUUGCUGGUAAAGGAUUUGUUAUAGAGCCAACACAAUUUGAAAGUUUAUGUCGAUUGGUUUCAAAUUUAAAUGUUACAGUUUUUAAUGGUAUUCCAUCGUUGAAGUGUAAAUUACCAGAGAGUCUUACAUCAAUAUCAUUUUCACGGGAGUUUAAUGAUGAACUUUUGCCAGGAUUCCUACCACCAAAUUUGAAAGAACUCACUCUCGAUCAAUAUUUUAAUAGGACAAUAUUAGCAGGAGUUCUCCCAAACACAUUGGUCAAAUUGAAGUUCAAUGUAUCGUUCAACCAGGAUCUCGAACCAGGAGUAUUACCUGCAUCGCUGAAAGUUCUUAAGUUCAGAUGUCAAGGUUUUAAAAGAGAUUUUAAAGUUGGAUCAUUACCACCAAAUCUCGAAGUACUAGAGUAUUCUGGAAAUAAUUCACCGAUUGGCGAUGGAAUACUGCCCUUGUCAUUACACACUCUUACUUAUGCUCCGAUAACAUGGAGUAAACAAUUCAAAUCACUUAUCAACCUCAAGACACUUUUGUUUUACACUAUGGGUGAAGAGUCUUUCGAUUUAAGUAGUUUGCCAGAAUCACUCACAAGUUUAACAUUAUCAGUUCCGGAAACACCAGUACAAUUGAGUGGAACAAUGCCACUCGCUAUCAGACAUCUCGAUUUGGAUUCUAGUGAAUUCGAUGCUGACUCAGUGUUCAAAGAUCGCUCGAAAUACCAAUUCGAUUAUCUAAAGGUGAAUCCAUUCAACGCUAGAUUAUCUCUCGAUGGUUUGAAGAUAAAAGAAUUGGAAUUGGAUUUGACAACCGACCAGAAUGAAGAAUGUAAGGUCAAUGUUCCGUUUGGUGUCGAGUCACUCAUUGUUCUUUUGAACGCAUCGGAAUUCCAAAAGAUACCGACAUCAGUGAAGAAGUUGAAGAUUACCAAUGUUUGGAAUAGUAUCAAUACCAUCCAGAAGAACAAUGACCUCUCUGGUGCCGGUUCUAUACAGGAAUUGGAGAUCAACUAUAAUGAUCCAUUCUUUACCGAAAAUGACCAAGAAAGCUUACAGGGUGAUUGUAUUUUUAUAACUUUUUUAAUCAUUUAUCAUUCAAUGAUUGUUAGUCUAUCACAUUUAUUGUUAUCAAAGAUAGUUAACUAUCUUGAUAAUAUAGAUAGAAUAGUAUUUACAUUAGUUUGUAAAAGAUGGUUCGAUGACAGAGAUAAAUAUCUAUCUUUUAAUACUGAUGAUAUAAACAUCAUUAAUGAUAAUAAUGUAGGAGUAUUUACAUUAAAAUCAUAUCGAUCAUUAAUACUCAGAUCAUUCAAUCAAAAGAGUAAUUGUGUUCUGUCCAUUGGUGGUACCAAAAAAGACUAUUCUCUCGACCCUCAUUUAUCAAAUUCUCUAAUUCAUUUAUUAAUCAUAAACAACAUAGUUACUCAUGGUGAAGAUACAAUAAAUAGAAUAUCACCAAACAUCACUACAGUGUAUUUAACUGAAAAACUUGGUACCAAGUUUACAGAGAAUCUCUUUGGAAUGAUAUCGAAUUCGAAUGUAUCCACUCUAAAAGAUAUAUCAAGUUUAUCGAAUGUAUUAUUACCUGUGAAUUUGACAUCGAUAACUUUUGCCUAUGUAUUCGAUUCACCUUUGUUGGCAGGUUAUCUUCCACCGAAACUAAAGAAACUGAAAUUCGAAAGUCAUUCAGAUUUCAAUCAACCAAUCUCAGCAGGUGUUCUUCCAAAUACAUUGACAAAACUGAUAUUUGGUGCACGCUUCAACCAACGACUCGAACCGAAUGUAUUGCCAGAAUCUUUAACAUUUUUAGAAUUGGGAGGUGAUUACUCUCACACACUUCAAGUUGGAUCGAUUCCUCCAAAUCUUAAAGUUUUCAAUCAUUUUGGUGAAAGAAUUUGUGAUAUAUCAGAUGGAGUAUUACCACAAUCACUUUGUACUUUGAAAGGAUCACCUUUAUCAUGGAUUCCAUUCAUCAAAUCACUGAACAAUCUCACAACAUUAUCGCUCUAUCAAAAUGAUAUUGAUGAUUCGUAUUACACUGUAGAUUUUGCAGAUCUACCAGCUUCUCUAACUGAUUUAGAUAUUCAAGCUUCUUGUCUUCUCAUUUCUUCUAUAUCUCCGUCAAUUAGAAAUCUAGAUAUAGCCUCAACACAAUAUGAUAUCGAUGAGAUAUUCAAAAAUCGAUCACAAUUUAAUUUGGAAAGACUAUGUGUAGAUGGAUCGAAACUAGAAUCUCUUGACAAACUGAAGAUCAAGGAGUUGCAGCUAGAUUUUGAUAGUAGCGAAUCGAUUAUCAGAGAUAUUCCAUUUGGAGUGGAAACUGUAAAUUUUGGAUACGAUACAUAUAAAGUAGAUAAAACAAUACCAAAUGGGUUUCCAUCGUCAGUGAAGAAGUUUAUAUUUAACUCGGAUAAGUCAAUUAGUGCACUGGGUUUCAAAAUUCCAAACACUGUCGAAGAAGUCGUGAUAAAACUAUAUUGUCGAGAUCAAUUCUCAACUAAAUGGAUUCCGGACUCUGUAAAAUCACUGACUGUUUCCUCUACAGUGCUUCGAGAUGUUUUUAACUUACCAAAAUCAAUAACCAACUUGUGUUUAACAAGAAAUGAAAAUAUAGUUGAACUCCAAGUUCGAAAGAUUUAUGAUAAUCAUUAUCUCAUUUUCGGUCAAUCAAGAAUCAAUUUCAAUGCUGCAAUUGUAUCUCGUAUUCGAUCAUACCUGCCUGUUGAUAGUUUAACUUUCAGAAAGAUUAAACUUGAAUCUUUAGAACAUCUUGAUCAUUGUGAUCAUAUAAGCAAAAUAAAAUCAAAUCUUAAUAAUCAUCUGUGUCUUGAUAAUAGUAAUAUUAGUAAUGAAAUAAAUGAUAUAUUUAUCAAUAAAAGAAUAAAAUCUAUUUGGUCAGUGUUAAAAGAUUCAUCACUACACAUUCAAUCAUUAACAUCAAAAGAAUCAGAGAUAUCACAACACAUUUCAGAAUUACAUGAAUAUUUAAGAGUUAUAGAACAUAAAUUAAAGAAAUCGAUCAAUGAUGAUAUUGACACACACAAUCAACAAGUUAAUCAAUUACUAAAUGAAUUAAAAUAUUUAGUCGAUAUAAAUAAUAGUAAUAAUAUCAUCAUUAACAACAAAGAAUAUAAUGUUAAUAAUAAUAAUAAUAGUAGUAGUAGUAAUAAUGAAUUUGAAGAAAUCAAACCAGAUAUUACAGAUGAAUAUUUAUUAUCUACAAUAAUCAAAUCAAUCAAUGAGAAUUCAACUUUGAUAUCAUUCAUUGAAAAUAAUAAAGUGGUAUUUGAUCAACAAAAACAACAACAAGAUCAUACCUCUAUAAUAGUUAAUCAACAUUAUAAUAAUAAUUCAGAUUCAUGGUUAUUGGAUAGCAUCUAUAAAUACUCAAAACAAUUCAACCCACAACGUCAAUUACAAAUAGUUCAACCAUUGAAUAUCUAUACGAUAAGGUUUAAUAUUCAACCAUUCAAAUCGGUGAUCCACAAGUCGAUCAGUGUAACAACACCCAAACGAACUAAAAAUACAAUCUUCUCUCUACAUAGAAACGGUGCAACUCUGAUUCAUUUCAUAAGUGAUGAUUACUUUCAUACGGAAGAGGUAGAGUUUCCCGAAGGACAUAUACUUGACUUUCGAAAUACAACCAUGUCUACCGCAUUGGUAGGCAAGAACAUCUAUAUAUUUAGUGGUUUCAAUGCCGGCAGUAGCAAGCUUAUCAAAUACAAUAUCAAAGCGAAAUCGUUUAGCGUUGUGGAAAACGUCAAGAAUUUAACUCGUUACUAUGGUGUCUCGCUGUGUUAUGACGGUUACGAUCAUAUAUAUCUGGUUGGCGGCUACAGAGGUUCCUGUUACGACCCAACAAUAGAAUCGUUCAACGUGCACACUAAGCGACUGAAAAUCAAAGAGCCUUCUUUCAAAAACUUUUCAAAAAAGGUGAUCUCAGUGUAUCAUCGUCGCAACGGAUGGAUCUACACGGUGCCAUCCGACGCUCCUCUGGUGAUAGCAUUCAAUCCCGUCUCAAUGGUAUCUGUAGAGUAUCGAUUCAACGAUCUGGAGUGUGCAUACAGUGGUUGUACUGACGAUGACGGUAACAUCUAUGUUCUCAACCACCGAAAGUACUUUAUCCGAUUCAACAUGGACACCAAACAAUUCCAACGACUUGAAAGUAUUGAAUUCCAUAAUGAAUUCUUAUCGAUGGUCUAUCGUAAGGUUUCACCCUCCUCUACUUGCUCUCUGGCAGUCAUAUAUAGUAAUGUCAAAUAUUCCAUUUUCAACUUUGGAGAACACAGAGUUCAAAGAGUUUCUUCAGUCGUUAAACUAUUCACCUCCCUCAAGGUAUAA